GUCCGCUGUGUUGUCAUCGUUAUAUGUACGCAUUGUUGUUGUUAAUGUUGUUGUUGUUGUUGAAAAGAAGCUUUUUCAGCUUACAACUGCUGUGCUUAAUUUUCUAUUUGGCAAAUCGAAUUGACACAGUUAAAUCGAAAAGAGUUGAAAUCGUUAAAUAUAUCAGUAACUGCUGCACUGCAUCCGCAAUGACACUCAAGUGAAUUGGUUCACAAUCGAAUUCCCAUUCGACUUUCAUUCACAGUUUGUGUGAGAGCAAACGAUUUAAGCGAUUUGACGCGGAGAAAUGUCAACGGAAAGCAAUACGCCCGUAGAUCCUCGUGUUCAGAUUGAGCUGGAAAAGCUGAACACGGCAACGGACAAUAUCAACAAAUACGAAGUGGAGCUCGAUGAAUCGAAAUGCGAGUUCAAGCGACUGCUGGCCGAGAGCGUGGUCCGCAUCAAGGCGGCUGCCCACAAGCUGGGCAACUCCAUAGACGCCGCCAAGCCCUAUUAUGAGUCUCGGAUCUAUGCCGCCCAGCUGGCCAAGGAGACACAGCAGGCGGCGUCUAAUCACGAAAAGGCCAAGUCCAUACAUGCUGCCGCCAAGGAAAUGGUUUACCUGGCCGAGCAGGGACUCGGCGAGAAGUCCACACUGGACACAGCCUGCCAAGAGAUGCUCAGCCAUGCGGCCAGCAAAGUCAAUCAGUCUCAGCUGGAGGUCACCGACACUCGCAAUGCCCUCAAGAUGUGCCAACUGAAAUUGGAGGUGGCCAACAAUCGUGUGGGCAAACUUCAGGGUCAACUUAAGCAGGCUUUACGUGCCUCCAGAUUGCAGCUGAGGCGCAAUUUACUUUUGUUGAAAUACCUUAGCAUAUUGCACGCUUUGUAUUGUACCCUAUGCUCGCCCUACUAUGAGACGCGUGCAAACUACAAUGGACUGUUAAAGGCGCAAAAGCUGCGCGUCAACGAGCUAGAGACAAAGGUCAGCGCCGCCAAAUUGACCUACAAUGAGGCGCUGAAGAAUCUCGAACAGAUCUCCGAGGAUAUACACAGGCAACGGCAGCAGCGAAACAAUCUGCUUAACUACGAGGCGAUGCUCCGUCAGGUGGACGCCGUUGAUGCUCUCACAGCGGGCGUAAAGCAACAAUUGCUGGUGCAGUCCGAGCCGCUGAUGGAGCCGGAGACGGAACCGGAUGAGUAUUUAAACAUGCCGGAUCGACUAAGCAGCGGCGCCAGCUCACCACGUCAGCGUCAGGCUGAUCCGCACGACUGUCCGCAUUUGCUGCAUGAUUUCGAGGCGGUGCUGACCUUUCCACAGAAAUUGGCUGGUGGCAUGCACAAAUCGGCCAGCACCAGCGCCACCGAUGGCGACAAUAAUCUGUUUGCCCAGGCGCAAGGACUUCACGGCCCCUAUGAGGUGAAACCGCGUUCCGAGUCAGGCAGCAGCUCGCUGGCAUCCGCAUCAGCAUCCGCAUCAGCGUCUGCAUCAAUGUCGGUGCAGCCGGCGGACAAUGAUAUUGAUCAAUGGACAGAGAUUCGUCUGUCGCACUCGGAUAGCACCAGUUCGAGCUACUCCAAUCAGUCGCUGCUGGAGCAGCACGGCUUCGAUGGUGCCGGCGGCAUGGGUGGGGGAGGUCAGGGACUGGGCUACGGUUUGGGCAGUUUGGAGCCGGAUGCACAGUCACAGCACUCGACAUCAUCAUCGGAUGAGCCGAAGCGUAAGGUGACCUGCACUACCAUAUUCCAGGAUGACAGCAGCGGCGGCAUCGGUCUAUCCGGUCAUCCGAUAAGCCGCAAGCAAAGCCUCAGCCAAUGGCUAUCGCGAUCCAACAGCUUCAAGAGCAACGGUCGUCGUCAGAGUCUCGAUCUUCUCAUUGAUGCCGGCGACAAGGUGAAGGAUGUAUUCAGCUAUGGCUUUCAAAAAGUCGGACGUACCCUGGAGCGGCGUAACAGUGAAUCUGAAAUGGCCAGCGAAGGCAAUGAGACAGAUGCGUUGCUAGCAACAAAUACUACGACAACAACAGCGGCAACAGCAGCGGCAGCGACAGCAGCAACGACUGCAGCAACGGGCAAUUUAUUGGCCAGCAAUAAUAGCAACAUGAACAUCAACAUCAACAUCAACAGCAGCAGCAGCAGCAGCAGCGCCGGCGAUUUCUUUUCAUUUAGCAGAUCUUCAGAACCCAAAGAGUUACUAUCCGAUGAGCAGGUUGAGAAUUUGCUGUUGAACCAUUCGGUAGAUGAGCAUGGCGUCAUUACAGUGGAGGAAUUAAAGUCACCAACUGCAGCAGCAGCCACACCAAGAAGAUCAACCACAAGCAUGCACCACCCACAACAACAACAACAACAACAACGACAACAACAACAACAACAACAACGUGCCGCAUUGAUGUUUUAAAUGCCUCAAUGGCAACUGUACUUAAUACUGGACCCGUUUGUGCAAAUGAUCAUGACCAUUUCAAGCAAUUUAGAAAGAGGCGUACAUAUCAUUCGUCGUUAUAGAACCCAUUAAGCUUAUGCAAAGGAGCAGCUGAGGCCGACGGAAUCUGUGCAAUAUUUUUGUGCAUAGUUUUUGACUAUGUUUUAAUCCUAACAUGUGCAAUAAUGUUGUUUAGCGUACAAAAAACAAAAAAACCAAAAAAAAAAUUACAUUUUAUGCUGUUCUGAAAAGCAAUUAACUAACUUACGCAUACAAAUCAGUUAAAUGGUUAAGUGUGUAAACAUA